UUAUCGGCGGUGAGGUACCGUAUGGUGAUGAUACUCUUGCAAAUGUAAAAUUCUAGGGUUAGUUGUUGCAAGGGUCGCGCUUGUUUGAACAACUUACAUUUCAAAAGCCACUUUCCGGACCAUCCACGUUUGCCAGUUGAUCGAUGCUGAUCCUGACUGGAUUUCGGCCCUUCCUUCGACCUUUUCCCUUUCUCUUUCUCACCGGCCACCAUACCGGCACAACCUUCAGUCCUGGUUCGACUGCACAACUUCAUUUUCUUACGACACUUAUUGUUUCUUUUCGCACCUCGUAACAUUAAUCACCUCUUCCGAUAUCCAGAUGUUCCUCAUUACGUGGUGUUCCCGCCGCGCCGGCGGUCUGGCUAUGGCCGGUACGAUAUGGCUAUCAUACUGGGUUAUCUCUGGAGAACGCGGGCAUCAACUACAUGGCUAUAAACAACAUGAGCCAAUCGACGACAGUCUUGCCUCCAAUGCGCCUACCGACAACCUCCUCGGCCCCAGCAACCGGGUGCGCGUGUUCGCCUACUACUGCCUUCUCAUCCACUUGCUCGUCGUCAUAUUCCCACUUCGUUCAAACUGGGCCGUUUUCACAAUCACGAAGAGCCUUCAGAAGAUGGCGCGCAUUGCGGCCGCCAGAGACCUCGAUUUUGCCCAUCAGCGCCGCGGUUCUUCGACCUCGUUAUCCAGCGCCGAAACUCUUACCUCCUCCAGGGGGUUGGCCUCAAGCUCAAGCAGCGAAGCUGGAGAAUCCGACAUCGAGCUCAGCGUUGACUCCGAAGAGCCGCCCAACACGAUCCUCCAUGCCAUCGUCAUUCCCAAUUAUAAGGAAGAAAACGACACGCUAAGGGAAACACUCGAGGUUUUGGCAUCGCACCCUCAAGCACGAGCCACCUACGAUGUCUACCUAGCCAUGGAACAGCGGGAAAGCAAUGUGGAGACCAAAGCCAUGUUGCUCGCGAACGAGUUCACGAAACGAUUUCGGUCCAUCAGCUUUACCGUACACCCGUCGGACAUCCCAGGAGAAUUGGCAGGAAAGGGGAGCAACCUUGCGUGGGCAGCGAGACAGCUCAGCCAGAGAUAUACACCUGCUCAACGGAAAGAUGUGAUCGUGACUGGAAUCGAUGCCGACAGCCAUCUCAUGGCCAAUUACUUCACGCUAGUCACUACAAUGCACGUGGCACAUCCCCGAACGGCGACGACCACCUUGUAUUCCGCGCCGAUUAUCUUCGACCGUAAUGCUCACAAUGUGCCUGCUAUUGUCCGGGUUGCGGACAUCAUGUGGUCCGCCGCCGGUAUGUCGGGAUUACAUGAAGGGUCGUAUGUUGCGCCCCCAACAUCAGUGUACUCUCUGCCACUUGAAUUGGUCGACAGGGUUGGAGGUUGGGAUUGCGAUUCGGAGGCCAUCGGAGAGGACCUUCACAUGUAUCUGAAGUGCUUCUUCGCCCUCAACGGGAACCUCACCGUCCGAACGGUCUUGAGCCCCGUCAGCCAGACCAACGUUACCGGCGGCGGGCGCGACAAGGGCCUCAGAGGAAUCGGCAUGGACAUGUCGGCCCGGUAUAAACAAGCGCUACGCCACAUGUGGGGCGCUUUGGAUACGGGCUACGCAUUGAGGAAGAUGGUUGAGGUUUGGAGGGAAAGGAAGCACACAUCGCGCGCAAUUCGCCCGCUUCAUACAUCUCCAAACGACUCCGAUCGCUACAUCCCCGAAACCCAACUCGAUACAUCCAACUGUAAUGGCUUCUUCUCGGAUAUCGUCACCGAUACGUUAGAAGGGCCAGACUACACCCGUAUCUUUGUUUUGUUUCAUCGACUAUUCGAAGCCCAUUUCCUGCCAGUUCAGAUGACUAUCCUGGUGAUCGGGUCUACGCUGUACCUGUGGCUGGUAGACGGGGCGGCUGAUGCGCCUGGCAUAGGAUGGAUAUUUGGUGUUUGCAACGUCCUACGCACCUUUGGGUUCAUAGAGGUUGGCCUAUACCUCUUCCUCUACGAAAGAUUUCACAAGAUUUGCGUCGAAACUCGCGAGAAGGAGAUGAGCGACGCCGGCCUCACCAAGGGCAUGCACUUCUCGCACCGAGCGCCCAAGAAGAACUGGAUUGACUAUUUCAUGGUCCCACUAGUCGCUACGGUAUACGGCUCCAUUCCUUGCGCUCAAGCUCUGAUCCAGCACUUUUGGACGUUGGACCUGGUCUAUACCGUGAGCAAAAAGGUGACCCGACAGAGAGGAAAAUCAGUCUCAUCAACACCAAAAAUAAAGGUUGAGACAAUGGUAUGAAGAAGAGGGAAACUUUGUGGCGUCGUUCAAUUCUUCGGUAGUUUUCUUCUUCACCUCUUCCGAUUUCCAGCGUUGUCGCCUAACAGCCCCUUGGAUGACGAACUAGCAAGUUA